GCGGUGCAAUUAUCCCCUAAUAAAAACCCUCUCUCUCGUCUUCUUCUUCAAACAUUAGGGUUUCUCAAUUGAAUUCUCCUUCUCUUUCUCUCUCUAAAAUACCCAAUUGAUCUUCAAGUUUGAAGCUUUUCACUAUCUGGACCAAACCCAGAACCCUAAUUUCACUUCUCAAUUUCGAAAUCGGCGAAUAAAAAGGAGUUGAAAUUAGUCAAUGUGAUAAUGCCCGCUACGGAUUACCAAGGUUCAGCCACUGGGUUUGCGAGUAUUGGUCGGUCCAUGGACGGCGUAGGUAGUCACCAUGAUUCCCAGUCUGGGCUUGAGAUCGAGCUCGAAGCUUUUCAGAGACAAGUUGCUGAUCGUUUUCUCGAUUUGUGUUCUUCAUCUUCGGCGGCGGCGGCUGUAGUUGGGUCUGAGGAGCUUCUUUCUGUUCAAUGGGUUCGGAAACUUUUAGAUGUUUUCCUCUGUUGUCAAGAGGAGUUCAGAGCUAUUUUGUUCAAUCAUAAAUCGAUGGUGCUCAGACCACCGUUGGAUCGGAUGGUUUCAGACUACUUUGAACGGAGUGUGAAGGCUUUAGACGUUUGUAAUGCUGUCAGAGAUGGGAUUGAACAGAUCAGACAAUGGCAGAAGCUAUUAGAGAUCGUUCUCAUAGCCUUAGACGGAAACAGAAACCUCGGGGAAGGUCAAUUCCGCCGAGCUAAGAAAGCCCUAAUCGAUUUAGCGAUCGGUAUGCUCGAUGAGAAGGAUCCCGGCUCAACUCUAGCUCACCGGAACCGCUCAUUUGGCCGGAACAACUUUUCCCGCGAUCACCACCGUCAAUUGGGUCAUUUCCGAUCACUUUCUUGGAGCGUUUCGCGGUCUUGGUCGGCCGCCAGACAGCUCCAGGCGAUCGCCAACAACGUGAGCGCACCGCGAGCCAACGAAGUGGUGGCCACCGGGGGAUUAGCCGUGGCGGUUUUCACUAUGAAUUCGGUGUUGUUGUUUGUAAUGUGGGCUUUGGUUGCAGCCAUACCUUGCCAGGACAGGGGUCUUCAGGUCCAUUUCCCUGUGGUCCACCGUAACUUACCGUGGUCUGGCCCCAUGACAUCUCUACACGAGAGGAUUAUUGAGGAAUCCAAGAAAAGGGACAGGAAAAACGCUUGUGGGCUUUUGAAGGAGAUUCAUCAGAUUGAGAAAUGCUCUAGAGUUAUGAGCGAGUUAACAGAUUCUGUUCAGUUCCCAUUAACGGAAGAGAAAGAAACUGAGGUGAGGCAAAGAGUUGAAGAACUUUCUCAAGUUUGUGGUGCCUUAAAGAAUGGAUUGGACCCUUUGGAACGCCAAGUUAGGGAAGUGUUUCAUAGAAUUGUUCGGAGCCGUACAGAAGGGCUUGAUUCUUUGGGAAAAGCUAGCUAUUCUGAAUAAUAGUUUUGUUGGUUUGUUUUGAUAUCUCAAUUGGUGGGUAAUUCAAAGAAUCGAACUUUGAAGAAGAAGAAGAAGAAGAAGAAGAAGAUUGGAAAAGGAAAAAGUAUAAAGUGUAAGAAGAGAAAAAAAAAAGGUUUCUUUGUAUUUAUUAUUCACCAUAUAUUGCUGUAAAGAAAUUUAGGAGUAUGCAAAUGGACCUUUACCCAUGUCCAUGGCUGCUGUUUUUUUUUUAGUUGAUCAUGCUGGCUUUUUGUAUAAUCAAUUAUCUGGGUAUUGUGCUUCUUCAUGCCAUAUCUGAUUUUUAUGUGAAUUAUAUAUGAUUAUAUGUAGUUUUCUGUUCUCUUUGGCCCAUUUUGUCAAGAAAAGUUUACAUGUUUAUUCAAUCAGAGAAAUUUUUCAUUGGCUGA